CGAUGACCUCCGGCAAAUCAGCUGGUUCUUAUCAGGACAUGUGCUAUCAUCCUCUAUCGGCCGUAGACUUCCCCGCUACCGACCGACCAUGAGUAUAAAUUGAGACCCAAUUGCUCCGGGGUUUUUCUCAAUUGCCAACUCAAUCCUGUUUGUCCCCACGAAGUCUACGAUUCCUUUGCCACCAUGUCCUUCAUCCCUUCCGCGGGCGUGCUCGCCCUGGCCGCUGUGCAGCUCAGCUCCGGUGUGCUGGCUGGCAUUGACACUUGCCCCUCCGACAGUCCUCUGAGUUGCUCGGCCGACGACACCGCUUCUUGCUGCUUCAACUCCCCUGGAGGAUCCCUCCUCCAGACCCAAUUCUGGGACUACGACCCGUCCGAUGGCCCGACUGACUCCUGGACCAUCCACGGACUUUGGCCCGACAACUGCGAUGGCACCUACCAGGAGUACUGCGACGACUCCCGCGAGUACAGCAACAUCACCGCCAUCCUGAAGGAGCAGGGCCGCACCGAGCUCCUGUCCUACAUGGAGGAAUACUGGCCCGACUACGAGGGCUCCGACGAGGACGAGACCUUCUGGGAGCACGAGUGGAACAAGCACGGAACCUGCAUCAACACCAUCGAACCCAGCUGCUACUCCGACUACUACGCCCAGGAAGAAGUCGGCGACUUCUUCCAGCAGGUCGUUGACCUCUUCAAGGGCCUGGACUCCUACACCGCCCUCGCCGACGCCGGCAUCACUCCCUCCGAGGACGCCACCUACACGCUAACCGACAUCGAGGACGCCCUGGCCGCGAUUCACGACGGCUACCCCCCGUACAUCGAGUGCGAGGACGACGCCCUCUCCCAGCUAUACUACUACUUCAACGUCCGCGGCAGCGCCAUCAACGGUACCUACGUUGCUGCUGAGAGACUCGAGGACUCCAAGUGCCCUGACUCUGGCAUCAAGUACCCUCCCAAGUCGAGCAGCAGCUCCGGCUCCGGCUCCGGCUACGGAUACAAGAAGAGGGCUACUCGCAAGAGAAGCAUCAAGAACUAGAUCUGUUGGGAUACGAUCUAUGAUAGCUGGUAGAUAGCUUCGGAGAGAUGGAGAUGAAGGUG